GGGUCGUUAGAUCAAAACUCAAAAAGUAAAUAAUACUAACAGUAAAAGAAAACCCUAGCCGUUCCCUCACUAAACCCCGGAACCUCGAUUUCGGUUAAGGUUGCACAACCGAACCAUCGUUCUCUGUUUAGGAUUUUUUUAGCUUUAGCAGCAACCUUCGUUGGGAGAACGAUAUGGUUUGGUUUCAAUGUGAGGACUGCGGCGACAACCUCAAGAAGCCCAAGUUGGCUGGUCACUUCCGAAGCUGCUCCGCUUAUAGGUUAUCAUGCAUUGACUGUGGUGAAACUUUUGGCCAAGACACCGUUCAGAACCACACUCAGUGUAUGACCGAAGCGGAAAAGUAUGGUCCAAAGGGGCAAGUCAAGAAUGGUGCACCUGCAAAGCCUAACAAGGAUGGCAACAAGCAAAAGCCUGAGGUUGAUAUCAAUGUUGGUUUGUCCGAACGCCCUCCAUGGUUUUGUAGUCUUUGCAAUACACAAGCUACAAGCAAGCAAACACUUCUUCUCCAUGCCGAUGGGAAGAAACAUCGGGCAAAAGCCCGAGCAUACCAUGCUUCAAAACAACCACUGCCCCAGACAGACAAAUCUGCACCUGAUGCUAAGAUUUUGUCGGAGGCUGCUCCUAAUGAGGCUAGAGAAGGCAAAAAUGCAGAGCAGCCAAAAUUAGAAGAGUCUUCUAAACAAGAUAAUUUGAAAUCAGGGGACGAAAUGUCUUCAGCAAAAAAGAGGAAACUUGAAGCGUCGGAGGGUGAUCUUAUUAAAAAAUGCAGGAAUGACAUUUCUGUUGACACUGGAAAUGGAGAAGUUAUUCAGGGUGAAGAAGCAGAAGGGAGAGUAGAAUCUGCUGUCAAAAAUAAAAUUAAGUGGAAGAAGCUUAUCAAAUCAGCUCUGAAAUCUCAACCUGAUGGAACUUUGAAGAUGAAGAAACUGAAAAAAGUUGUCCUUAAGGCACUGCAGGAAUCUGGCGUCGUAGUGGAUGAAACUGAGUUCAGUGAGGCACUUCAGCAGAAAAUAAACUCCAGCUCUAGAUUUGCUGUUGAGGGCAAGUACGUGCAAUUGGUGGCCAAAGACUGAACGCAUCAACUUAUGAUUAAGUCCUAGGAGUUUUUCGAGAAUCUCUUGCUGCUGGUUCCUUUAUGUUUCAAAACAUAUGGACUGUCGAAGAGAAGUGAAACUUGUAUUCAUCCCCUCUUUGCCCACAUUUUUGUCCUUCCUGAAAAGAACUGUGAGAAGAUUCACUAUUGUUUUGCUCAGAUGUUCAAGAUACAGGUUUUUUUUUGGAUUUAGCAAAUAGAUACAGAAUUUGCAGGAUAUGCAUGUUCUUGAUUGUAUGACUUAAUGUGAAGAUAUUCUAUUUAAUUUUAGGCAAGUUUCAGUCAAGUGAUUGUAUUAAACACAGCUCUAUUAUUGCUAGCAUCUAUUGAAGUUCUGUAAGAGGCUGAGUAUGUUUAAUC